GUAGUUGACUUGACUACUUGCGAGCGAGUGAGCUGUACUUUGUGAGAGAGUGAGUGAAUUGUGCUUCGUGGCCGUCAAAUCAUCGCCUGACUGACAGACUGCCCUCCUUCCUGAAUCCACCUUUUCACGCUCAUCCGGAUCUUCGUAAGCCUCUUGGCUGGUCCACCUCCCACUUCUGCUCACCUGGCAAUCUCCUCUGGCCGGUUACCGACCUCGGGCACGCCUGAUCUCUCAGCGACACGCCCUUUGCCGAAACUACCAUGUCCGGAAGCAACGAAUGGAUCUCCAAGGCCGAAGACAUUGCCGAUAAGGUAACACGGCAGUCCAAACACGUGCUGCCUCAUUUGGCCCGUUUUUGCCUGGUGUCCACGUUCUUCGAGGAUGGAAUCCGCAUGUGGGCCCAAUGGACUGAACAGCGCGAGUACAUGGACAUCUCCUGGGGAUGCGGCUGGUUCCUGGCCACCCUCUUCGUGGUGGUCAAUCUAGUGGGACAACUGGGCGGUGUCGCCAUGGUCCUCCUCCGUCUCAAGGUCGAGAUUGCUUGCGGCGUUCUCUUUGCUAUCGUCUUCCUUCAGACUAUUGCGUACAGUAUCCUAUGGGAUAUGCAGUUCCUGUUUCGAAACUUGGCGCUUUGCGGCGCCCUGUUGUUGGUUCUGGCGGAAUCGAGGGUUGAAGGCCGGUCGUUGUUCCCUGGUGUUCCCUCCUUGGGAGAAAACAAGCCUAAGGAGUACCUGCAGCUCACUGGGAGGAUUCUCCUCGUGUUCAUGUUUGUGACCCUUCUCAGGUUCGAUACCUCCUUCAUGCAGAUCCUUCAGAACGUGGUGGGCAGCUUGUUGAUGGUGUUGGUGACCAUCGGGUACAAAACCAAGUUGAGCGCUCUAGUUCUCGUGUUGUGGUUGAACGUACUCAACUUUUAUUUUAACGCGUGGUGGAACAUCCCCGCCUACAAACCUAUGCGAGACUUUCUCAAAUACGACUUCUUCCAGACGUUAUCGGUGAUCGGUGGCCUACUGAUGGUUGUGUCCUUGGGACCCGGGGGCGUGUCAAUGGACGAGCACAAAAAGAAAUGGUAAUGGAUUUUUGAUCCCAACCACCCACACACGCAUCAAACAUCAACCCCAUUCUCUUCCUCUCCUUGGGAGUGGCUCGACGACUAUUUUUAUGCUGCAGACUCACAUGAGAAUGAUCAUUAAUAUACUAUUAUCAUUAUACGAGGUGAAACAAAA